CUUCAACAAUGGCUUCAUUUCAAACUUUGCCUAACGGUUUUAAAAUUCCUUCUAUUGGAUAUGGAACAACAUCUGCUCAAGAAAAUGCCCUAGAUCAUGCUCUAGAAAUAGGCUUUCGCCAUCUCGAUACCGCCUACGUUUACCAGAGCGAAGCUCUUAUAGGAAAAGUUUUAAAAAAGUGGAUUCCGAAUAAAAUAAAAAGGGAAGAUAUUUUUAUUACCAGCAAAUUUCCCCCACGAGAUGGAUUUGAUCCAGAAGAGACAAUUAAAAAAACUUUAGAGGAUCUUCAGCUGGAUUAUGUUGACUUAUAUUUAAUUCAUUGGCCUUCUGAUGAUAAUGAAAGUAAUCUAAGAAUAUGGAGGAAACUAGAAGAACAGGUGGAUGCAGGAAGGGCCAAAUAUAUUGGUCUGUCCAACUUUACUGUCGAACAAAUAGAAUAUAUUGUGCAAAAUGCCAGAAUAAAGCCUGUCAAUUUACAAGUUCAACUACAUUUCUAUGGUCAACGUAAAGAGCUUGUAGAGUAUUGCAAAAAGAACAAUAUCACAGUAGUAGCUUGGUCUCCCUUAGGAAGCCCAGGAAAUAAACAUGGAGGUGGACUAGAUAUUAUGGAGAACGAUACUGUAAAACAAAUUGCCAAAAAAUACAAUAAAUUACCAGCACAAAUAGCUUUAAGAUUCCUAAUCCAGAAAAACAUUAUACCAAUUCCAAAAAGUGUAACCCCAGAACGGAUAGGCCAAAAUUUUAAUGUGUUCGAUUUCGUCAUAAGCGAAGAGGAUGUUAAAAUUUUAGAAGCCUUGGAUAAAAAUGUGUUCAAGUCUGGACCACCAAGACCACCUAAAAAAGACUGAAAUUUAUAUUUAA